GGCCGAUUUAUUUACGCCGCUUUUUCAGUUUCCAUUGCAUUUGAUCGCUUUUGCUCAAACUAUCUGAGCAACACGACCAUCAACAUCAACCAUGGCGGAGGAGCUCGGGAUCGACGUCUCUGUUCCUCCUAGCCUCCAUUUUCUCUCUGCUUUCCUCGCCAUGGAGCCAGCUGAUUCCUUAGUUUCCAUGGCCAGGGAAUUGGGUAGCGGGUUGGUGAACGAGACAGUGCAGAAAUUCAUUUGGGAUCAUUGUAUUACCAAAGCUCAAGAAAUGAACCAUUUUCAUGUACCAUAUCUGAAGAAUUUUCUAAAGAAAUUAAUAUCUGAAGUUGAGUUAAGUCAAGUUGAAGUGUUGGAUGAGUUUUAUGAAUUAUAUGCUCAUUACAUGGUUUCAUGGAAGGAUGAGAAUCUGGGGAAAGAAAGUGCAAGAAUCUCCAAAUUUGUUUCUUUCCUUUUUCGAGAUGGUUCUUUGAGUUGCCAAACGUUGAGGAAAUUUGUCGUCCCAUUACAAUGCUCUCUCAACAUGCUUGAAGGUGAUACAGGGUGUUCAAUCUGGCCUUCAAGUCUAUAUCUUUCAGAAUUGAUACUCUCGUUUCCAGAUAUUUUCUCGACAAGAGAAUGCUUUGAGGUUGGUUCAGGUGUGGGUUUGGUUGGAAUCUGCCUUGCUCACGUCAAAGCAUCAAAGAUAGUGUUAAGUGAUGGUGACCCUUCAACAUUAGCAAAUAUGAAGGAUAAUUUAGGGUUGAACGGGUUGUGCUGUCUCAGCUCUGGAACUGCUACACCAGAAAGAACUAAUGAGGAUCUUCAAACUGUGGAAUGCAUACAUCUUCCAUGGGAAUCAGCAUCAGAAAGGGAACUCCAAGUUUUUGCACCAAAUAUUGUGUUAGGUGCAGAUGUAAUAUACGAUCCGGUUUGUCUCCCGCACCUUGUUCGUGUUCUUUCCAUUCUUUUGCGACCAAAGCAAUUUGGUAGUUCCACACACUCUUUUCAGGGGAGUGAACAUGUCGAUGAUGCAAAUCAUGAAAAUGAUGUAGAUGAUGGAAGCCAUGGAUUCAAAGCUUGUGCAAGCAAAGUAUGCUGUAAUGGUAUUGUGGGUUUUGGUUCAAGGGAUCGGCCGAUGGCAUAUAUUGCUUCUGUAAUUCGCAAUAUCGACACGUUUAAUUGUUUUCUAGGUCUCGUAGAACAGGCUAAUCUUAGUAUCUGUGAUGUAACAGAUGAUUUAAAACCCAUGAACUUGCUACCUUACAUGUACUCAUACGGUAGAUCAAGUAUUAGAUUGUUUACUCUGAAAUUCAAGUAGCUUUCUUUGAUACAUUGGUCUAACUUCGUGGAGGUGAUUCACUUAUGGUCUACUCCGAGAUCGCUCAGUACUAGCCUUAUGUACUCUUUUGCCCAGAGGGAUGACAUGGAAGUGCUAGAUGAACCACUCUAUGCAAAUUUCCUACGGGUGACAGGUUAUGAUAGGCCAUACCGUGAGGAGCUACUAUCCAAAAUGGAACCUGAUGGAAAUAAGGUCAUAAAGCAAAUCAUUUUUGCACCAGGAGAAAAGAAGUUCCGAUUUUGCAAGCAUAUAGCAAAACAAAAAGUACUCGUCUUGAUUAGUGAUCUGGUGAAGAAAGGAAGGCACCUCAUAUUGAUAAGAAAUCCACUUGAUCUUCCAUCCUAUGACAAGGUCAUGCCUGCAACCUUUUCUGAAUUGGGCUUCUCACAAUUGGUAUCUGUUUACAAUGAGCUUAAAGACUUGGGAAGACCCCCUCCUAUCAUUGAUGCAGCUGAACUUCAAAAGGAUCCCGAGGCAACUUUACGGGGUCUUUGUGAAGACCUCAACAUUCCUUUUCAACACAAAAUGCUGAAAUGGGAAGCUGGUCCCAAAGCAAUAGAUGGUAUAUGGGCUCCAUGGUGGUAUAAAACUGUACAUAAAUCAACAGCUUUUGAGGCACCAAGAAAACAUCCUUUGCCAUUCCCAUUUAAUCUUUACGAUUUGCUUGAGCAAACCAUACCGCUCUACAACUUUCUUAGGCGCCAUGUAAAGCAGAAAACGCUUCUCCUCAUGUCUCCCUUGCCUACUCCUGAUCUUCCAGUUCCUGCAAAUGAGAAGCUGCUGGCAUGGGUGGGAGAUGAGAUCUUACCUCGUGACAGUGCAAAGGUUUCUGUGUUCGACUCUGUUGUCCAAGGUGGAGACUCGGUCUGGGAGGGACUUAGAGUCUAUCGAGGAAAAAUAUUUAAGCUUGAUGAACAUUUAGAUAGGUUAUUUGAUUCUGCAAAAGCCUUGGCUUUCCAGAAUGUUCCAACUAGGGAAGAGGUGAAGGAUGCCAUUUUCAGAACGCUUAUUCGGAAUGGAAUGUUUGAUAAUGCACACAUCCGAUUAUCUUUAACACGUGGGAAAAAGGUCACUUCCGGAAUGAGUCCCCAGUUCAAUCUUUAUGGAUGUACCUUAAAUGUGCUUGCUGAAUGGAAACCUCCUGUCUACGACAAUUCGAGUGGAAUAACUUUAGUGACUGCCACAACACGCAGGAACUCACCAAAUAAUUUGGAUUCAAAGAUUCAUCACAAUAAUCUUCUCAACAACAUUCUUGCGAAGAUUGAAGGAAAUAAUGCGAAUGCUGGUGAUGCUAUCAUGCUGGACAAAGAUGGUUUUGUGUCCGAAACAAAUGCUACAAACAUUUUUCUAGUGAAAAGAGGCAAUAUUCUGACACCUCAUGCUGAUUACUGUCUCCCUGGAAUAACUCGAGCAACAGUUAUGGAUCUUGUGGUGAAGGAGAAGUUGGUAUUGGAGGAGCGAAGAAUCAGCCUAUCAGAAUUUCAUACCGCAGAUGAGGUAUGGACUACUGGAACAAUGGGAGAACUUACCCCAGUUGUGAAGAUCGAUGGGCGUGUAAUUGGCGAUGGACAUGUUGGACCUGUGACUAGAAUGUUGCAAAAUGCAUAUAAGAAACUGACAGAAGAAUCAGGAGUGCCUAUUCCAACCUACACUAAAAAGUGAACACAUCUUUUGACAAGGUCCCAUUUUCCUUGUUACAAAUAAUUGAAAAUUGAAAUCAUGUUUGUCCACUUGGUGACAAUAGUUGGGACUUUCUAAGUUCACUAGUAAAUAAAUGUUCUAAGAAGGCUUUGCAUCGAUGCAAGGCACGGAUUUUAUUAAAGUCUCCAGGCUUACGUCUUUUCGAGUUGAGUUUGUACAAAGCAUGAUUAGGCUUAUAAGCUGUAUGCCUCGUAUGAUGGUUAGAAGUAUAAUAUCUACCCAACCCAACUAUCUCUAUCUGUUCUUGAAAAAUGCAAACAUCGAAUGCAUGUAAAGAUCAAUAGAUUGUGGUAAA